AUGCGCGCAACAGUCGGGUAUUUGGCCCUGUCGGCCGCCUUGGUUGCAGAUCUGACUGCCGCAUUCCCAGUCAUGCCUCGAGGUGAACAGCAUCCGACGCCUGACGACUACUACAUCUCCCUCGGUCCUCGUCCUUACUACCUCAUCGAGAACAUGACAGAGAGUCCGCUCAAGUCUAAGCUGGAGUCGUGUGAAAACGGCCCGUUCGAGAUCACGGCCUGGAGCAUUGGACACAGGGGUGGAGGGACCCUGAUGAUUCCUGAAGAGACGGUUCAAUCCACCAUGGCUGGUGCAAGGAUGGGCGCCGGGAUACUGGAAUGUGAUGUGUCAUUCACACAAGAUCUGGGACUUGUCUGCCGACAUGACAUCUGUGACCUGCACACUACCACAGAUAUCCUGCUCAGACCCGAAUUGGCCGCCAAAUGCACGCAGCCAUUCACCCCGGCCAACGAAACCGCCGACGCCUCUGCUCUGUGCUGUACGAGCGAUAUCACCAAGGAUGAGUUCAUGUCCCUGUGCAGCAAGAUGGACGGCUUUAAUGCCACGGCAACUACCCCAGAGGACUUUCAACAUGGUGUGCCGUUCUUCAGAACCGAGUUGUAUGAUACCUGCGGCCAGGUCAUGUCGCUCGACAGCUACAUUGACCUUGUCGAUUCCCUCCCGGGCUAUCGUAACUUCACCCCCGAGUUGAAGACCCCUCCUAAAGCGGUUCCCAUGCCCUUCAAUGGCUACACUCAAGCCCAGUAUUCCAGAGAUAUGAUCGAUACAUUUAUCGCUCACGGUAUCAGCCCCGAGCGCGUCUUUCCGCAGUCCUUCACCCCGGCGGACAUCUAUCUCUGGCUGAAUGAGUAUCCUGCCUGGGGUGCCCAAGCAGUUUUCCUGGACGAGGAUGGUGAUGACCCGGCCAACUUUACCACGGCGGUCAACCGACUUCCUGCCCUCAAGGCCAGUGGGGUCAACAUCAUCUCCCCACCAAUCAACUACCUGUUAGCCGUGGGAGGACCUAACAACGAUACCGUUGUGCCAUCUGAUUAUGCCAUUACUGCCAAGAAUGCGGGCCUUGAAAUCAUCUCUUGGUCGUUCGAGCGUUCUGGACCUCUGACUCGAGUCGCUGCAGACGACGAUUAUUACUACUCCUCGAUUGCUCCCAUCAUGCAUUACGACGGUCAGAUGUAUGAGGUCUUGGACGUACUGGGUCGGGAGAUAGGGCUCAAAGCCAUGUUCUCUGACUGGUCCGCCACCGUCACUUACUAUGCUAACUGUUUCGGGUUCAAGGGGCCUGGAAAUGAGUAA